AUGUCAGCAAGCGUUGAACAAGACGCAGUUGAUUUGGAAGCGCGGCUGUCGCCGCGCAACCGAAGCGGUGGGGUUCUGCGCGAAAAUCUGAAGUCUUUUGCGGCAGGAGGCGUCGGAGGCGUCAGUGCAGUGCUCACGGGCCAUCCGUUCGAUUUGAUCAAAGUCCGUUGUCAGGCCGGCCACGCGUCGGGCACCUUCGACGCAGUGGGGGCCAUACUGCGCGAAUCGCGUGCUCAAAGUGGGCCCGUGGUGUUGAACGCAGCGCGCGGGUUUUACCGAGGUGUCGUACCGCCUUUGCUCGGCGUAACUCCGAUUUUCGCAGUCUCGUUCUGGGGUUACGACGUGGGCAAGAAAUUGGUGCAUUCUGUCAGUUCUCCAGAUUCGCCCAGCACGAGUUUGAGCUCGAUCAAGCUGUCUACGGGCCAAAUGGCCGCGGCGGGGUUCAUCUCUGCAAUCCCCACGACGCUGGUCACAGCUCCAACAGAACGUAUCAAAGUGGUGCUCCAAACGUCGCACGAUUCUUCGUUUAUCGGGGCCGCGCGCCGAAUUGUAGCAGAGGGAGGUAUCCAAUCGCUUUUCCGAGGCACAUUGGCCACUCUAGCGCGCGACGGACCCGGUAGUGCGCUUUAUUUUGCCUCUUACGAGGUUUGCAAGCAUUCUUUGAGCAAAGGGAAAAAUGAAGAUGAAUUGAGCGUGGCCAACGUUUGUAUCGCGGGCGGCGUAGCAGGCGUGAGUAUGUGGCUCGGCGUUUUCCCAAUCGACACCUUGAAAACGAAACUGCAGUCGGGUAGUGGGAGUAUGAGCAUGACGGGUGCCGCACGUGAAAUUUACGUUGCGCGCGGUAUCAAAGGGUUUUUCCCGGGAGUGGGACCGGCUCUACUGAGAAGCUUCCCUGCCAAUGCUGCCACAUUUUUGGGAGUUGAGUUGACGCACGCUCUAUUUCGAAAAUAUAAUGUUUAG